AAUGGAUGAACGCCGCCGGCCAGCACCUUCUGCCACAGCUACAAGCAUGGAGUCACGGAAGAAACGAGUUGCCUCUGAUUGUGCGUCACGGGACUCUCCCUCCACCGCAGCACAGCCUGAUCCUCUUCUUCUUUCACAAGCGCAGAAAAGGGCAAGGGUGGAUCCAACAAUGUCUGAUGUUGAUGAUGCCAGAUCAGCAGUGGAUGGUGAUAUAGAGGAAUGGGUCGAGGUUAACGAAGGAUACGAAGAGGUUGAUGAGGCAGAUGCAUAUGACAUGGAUGAUGAAAUGUCAGAUCCUUCUCUAGGAUUGGGUGACAAAGGAAAUGAUGUACAAGCUGUGGUCCUCGUUAACAAUGAGAAAACAAAGAGAGUGAUAAGGAAAAAGGCAACAGUUAAUGUUGGUAAUAAUGUUAAGGUGAGGAAAAGUAGAGUUAAGCGUGCACCAUGUUGGCAGCAUUUCAAGGAGGUCAAAGCUGUAUGCAAGAAGAAACCAGGGGCGGUCGUCACGAAGGCAAAAUGCUUGCAUUGUUGUAACUUGUUUGCUUAUACUCCAGGGGGACCAACUACUAGUCUCAAUCGGCAUGUAGAUGUUUGUGCGGACUAUCUAAACAAGAAGGGAAGACAACAGCGACAAGGUACAAUCAAUUUGGAUCCUGAAAAGCCAGGUGCAUCUCUUAUAGUGAAUCAUGAGUAUGAUCAUGCACAAGUCGUUAAAAUCAUAGCAAAGAUGAUAAUUGUGCAUGAAUAUCCUUUUAGGAUGGUAGAGCAUGCUUGGUUUAAUAUCCUCAUGAGAUAUAUGAAUGCAUCAUACAAGUUCAUUGGUAGGAAGAAAAUUAGAGCCGAAUGCAUGAAGGUGUAUCUUUCUGAGAAAGAAAUCCUUAAGAAGCAACUUAGGUCUAUUGAGAGCAUUAGUUUGACAAGUGAUAUAUGGACUUCCAACCAGAAUCUUUCCUACCUAGCUAUUGUUGCUCACUACAUAGAUGAGGAUUGGGUUAUGCAAUUUCGUGUUUUAAACUUGAUAGAGUUAGACCCACCUCACACAGGCUUUGUCAUAGCUCAAGCUGUUUUUGAAUGCUGCCAAGAAUGGAAAAAUAGAAGAUAAGAUCAUGACAAUGACCAUGGAUAAUGCUGCCGCGAAUGAUUCUGCCGCUAAGAAAUUGAUGGACAAGUUCACUGCUAGGAAAUCAGCAAAAUUCAUAUCUAAGUACUUCCAUGUUCGCUGCUGCGCACACAUAGUGAAUUUGAUAGUCAAUGAUGGCAUGGAACCAUUGCAGCCUUUGAUAGGCAACCUUAGAGAAACUGUCAAGUACUUGAAAAAAUCUCCAUCACGCAUGUCGAACUUCUUGUCAGAUUGCAAGUCUCUUAAUAUUAAAGUUGGAAAAGGAUUAUGCCUAGAUGUAGCAACCAGAUGGAGUUCUACAUACAGAAUGAUAGAUGCUUGCACUUUGUAUAAGGAAGCUUUCCAUGAGUAUGCACAAUCAGAUCCUAAUUAUGAAUGGCAGCCCGAUGAUGAAGAUUUUGUACUAUAUGGCAGAAUUCAACCCAUCUUGAAAUCAUUUGCCGAGGUAACUACUAUACUAUCAGGAUCUACUUACCCCACUACCAACAUUUUUUAUCCAUACAUCAUGAAUGUUAAGAUUGCUAUAGUAGAGCAUGCUAUGUCCGGAGAUGACAAUUUGAAAAUGAUGGGGGAAGCCAUGCUUGAUAAGUUUGAUAAAUAUUGGGAUAGCACUGUUGUGCCAGAAAACAAAAAUCGGAAAGAUAAAAAAAGGGUAAAGAACAAUGUUAUGGUGAUUGCCACCAUUCUUGAUCCCAGAUUUAAGAUGAAACUUGUGGACUAUUGUUUUAAGAAAAUGUAUGGUAAAGAGAAGGGUAGUAGUGAGAUGGAAGAUAUCAAAACAGAAUUCUUUGAUCUGUAUGCCACAUAUGAGAUGGAAAAUCGUCAGCAUGAGGCUCCUAACACCAAUGAGCAGAGUUCAAUUUCAAGUAGGCAAGCAUCUACAUCUAUGACCACAUUGUCGAGUGGGUUUCAAUCCUUUCUCGAGGAGACAAAUUCGGGGCCAUGCAAAUCUGAAUUGACAAGUUAUCUUGAAGACAAGACUCAUCCCAUUAAUGAUCCAAAUUUCACAUUACUUGACUGGUGGAGGUUGAACGCUCAUAGAUAUCCUAUUGUGGCAAAAAUGGCAAAGAAGUUCUUGACUAUACCAGCUACUAGUGUUUCAUCAGAGUCAACAUUCUCUACAGGAGGUAGAGUUCUUGAUGACUACCGUAGUUCUCUACUCCCAAGCAUGGUUGAGGCACUUGUUUGUGCUUCUAGCUUCAUCAAAGGAUCAAAAGAAAACCACAUUAGGCCUACAACCAUAGUGGAAGAUGACAUUGAUGAUGAUGUUGAGUUCAUUCCAUUUCCUGAAUCUAUUGUGGAAAGCAACUAGCAGGAAAACUCUGCAAGUUCAUGAAGGCAUCAUACGCAGCAAGGUGGAAGGGCUCCUGGAAUGUUCAUUCACUACUGGCUGUAGCGUGUUGCUACUAUCUUUAAAAUUUAUUAAAUUACGCAAAGUGAAAGGUGCACCAGACUUGUUGGUGUUUGCUGCUGCGUACUAGACUACUAGUGUUGCUACUUUUUGCUUUUGUGAUGGACCAGACUUGAGUGGUGUUGCUGCUGCAUAGUAGUCUUGCUAUGCUACCGUUUGACUCCAACG